UCUAUCUUGACGGCUACAAGAAGCCAGACGACAACAAGAAGCGCACGAGACAUCACAGACAUCCUCAUUGUGUUGAAAGAUUGACUGAAGCUCUACCAUGCCUGUGGCCUCAACCAGGACAGAGCCUGUGCCCCAGGUGUUGGACGCUAUGAGUGACACCACCACCAGCUCCACCAUGGCCAAUGACCUGGACCUCAUCUACCUCAAAGGCAUCAUGGAGAGCCCUCUGGAGCAAGAGGAGAGCCUUAAUGAGCUGCGUCCGUCGCCAGUGAGGGAGAACAACGUGGAGCUCCUGCAGGAGAUCCUCGGUGACCUGGACCCCUUCACACACCACUCCGACACUGCAGCAGAGCUCACCCGCAUACUCACACAGCCUCACUUCAAGUCUCUACUGGAAACUCAUGAUUCAGUGGCGUCCCAGGCAUGCGAUAGCCCACCCCCCAGCCCAUGUGAUUUUGUGGAUAAUGAGCAGGAGGAUGGCCAUACACAAAACGUUCCACCGGACGCAAUCCGCAUGGUGGGCAUACGCAAAGUGGCGGGGGAGAACCUGGGUGUGACAUUUAAAGUAGAAGGGGGUGAGCUGAUCAUAGCCCGCAUCCUCCAUGGAGGGAUGAUAGACCAGCAAGGACUGCUGCACGUGGGAGAUAUAAUCAAAGAGGUGAAUGGACGAGAGGUGGGCCGGGAUGCCAGGGUGCUGCAGGAGGAGCUGCAAGCAGCCAGUGUGAGCGUAGUUCUGAAGAUACUGCCCAGCUACCAUGAGGCCAUACCGCCUAGAAAGGUGUUCUUUAAGUGUCACUAUGACUACGACCCGGCCAACGACAACCUGAUUCCCUGUAAGGAGGCAGGCUUAAAGUUUGAGACAGGAGACAUCCUGCAGAUAGUCAACCAGGAUGACGUCAACUGGUGGCAGGGCCGUCAUGUGGAGGGUGGUAGCACGGGGCUGAUACCCAGUCAGAUGCUGGAGGAGAAGAGGAAAGCGUUUGUCAAGAGAGACGUGGAACUGGCGCCAGCAGGGAAUCUUUGUACUGGUGUCGGAGGGAAAAAGAAGAAGAAAAUGAUGUAUGUGACCACCAAAAAUGCAGAGUUCGACAGACAUGAGAUAUUGCUCUACGAGGAGGUGGCCAAGGUCCCGCCUUUCAAGAGGAAAACUCUGAUUUUGAUUGGUGCCCAGGGUGUGGGGCGGCGGAGACUGAAGAACAAGCUUCUACUGAGGGAUCCACUGCUGUUUGGCACCACCAUUCCAUACACCUCCAGAAAGCCCAAAAAGGAAGAUCGCGAGAGUCGGAUGUACGCCUUCACCAGCCGCAGCAAGAUGGAGGCCGACAUCAAGAACGGGCGCUAUCUCGAACAUGGAGAGUACGACGGCAGCCUGUAUGGCAUCAAGAUCGACUCCAUACAUGAGGUGGUGGAGGCAGGACGCAUCUGCAUACUGGACGUCAACCCUCAGUCCCUCAAAGUGCUGAGGACCUCGGAGUUCUUGCCCUACGUGGUGUUCCUUCAGUCUCCAGAGUUUGAGGUGCUCAAGGCGAUGAACCACUCGGCCGCUGAGGCAGGGGUGGUUCCUAAGAUGCUGACGGAUGAAGAGCUGCAGAGGACGUGCGAUGAGAGCGCUAAGAUCCAGGCGGACUGCGGCCACUACUUUGACCUCAGCAUCGUCAACGACGACUUGGAUGAGACCUACCGCACCGUCAAGGUCGCCCUGGAAACGGUUUCUAAAAACCCCCAGUGGGUCCCUGUCACCUGGGUUUUCUAGGUGGAGGCUGCGGAGGGCAGAGGAGGGAGGGAACAUACUGUAAGGAAGAAAACAAUGGCACUGGAAAUGUGCCACUGUGAAAUGAAUGGAAGUUCUUAUUUCGAUUAAUCUAAAGUUUCAACAGAGAUCAAAUCUGACCAUUGCAGGCGCUUAGCAUCGGGAAACCUGUUAUCUUGCUAAAGUAACUGCUUUGUAGUAUGUAGUAUAAAUAACAGGAUUUCUUUUUUUCAAAGUGUGUCCGUUAUUUAAACAGGAUUAUCAUUUUCUGUGUAGGGAGGAUAGAAAAGAGGGAAUAAAAAGACACAAGAAUGAGGAGGAAAAUGCGGCGAAAAAGAAAGAUGAAAUUGUGAAUGUCAGAAAUUCGCAGAUUUUACCUGAACACAUCAGCUGUGUGUGUGUGUGUGUGUGUGUGUGUGUGUGUGUGUGUGUGUGUGUGUGUGUGUGUGUGUAUAUUUUAGAGACUUUUUGUAUGUUUUUACAUGAUUUGUGCCAUUACUGAUGAUGACCAUCAGCAGACAUUAUCAUUGUUUAUAUUUUAUGAUUGGAGAGAUCAUUACUGAUGGUUACACUUAAUCUCCAAGCUACGAGGGCUAGUGAAAGUUAUAAACUAAACCUGAUCUAUUGAUCAUGUUUUAACGCCCAUCAGGACUUAGAACAGACCACAAAGAUAUCUUCAAAUUGCUCAUCAGCAGUCCAGAAACCCAAAGGUCUUCAAUAUACAACAGCAUGAAAUGAAAAAAGGUCAGCGAUUUCUAUUAUUUUUUCAACUAACACAUUUUUAUGACCGCUUAUUUGACUAAUCUUUUUAGCCAUGAGUUGUAAGUGAUCAUAAGAACAACACAUGCAACGCCUCAGUUGCUGUGUAAAGCGCAGUGAUGCAGAAGCCUCAGAUUUCCUCAUGUCAAAUUAGUUUUUAUUAGAGAAUGUUAUACUGGCCAAAUUAUGUUUAACUACAACAAAAACCUCAGUGUCCAUCCAUUCUCUGUCCUUGGUGCGAGCAUAGGCCACAUUUCUUAUCCUUUAUAUAAUGUAGUCACACAAACACUCAUUCCACUCUAAGAACACACACAACUAUACAAGUAAUGAAAAGGCAAAAGCCUACAAUACACAUCACUAUAUUAAAGUCAGUUGUCAUCUAGUAGUUAGAGAAAGAAAAAAGCCACAUCUAGAAUCAUCUUGGGGGUCACAUAGAAAAUUGGUUGUAAGUACUGUACUGUCAUCACAUGUAACAACCAGGUCACAGUAGAAGACCUGAUAAGUCCGUGUGAAAGUCCACUCAGGCAGAGUUAUGGCCAGACUUAUUGUCAGUUUUCUUUAACAGAAUACUGGAAGGGCUCAAGGUCUACUGCAUCUCACUUAACCAAGUGUCUAUUUCUGGCAUUGUUAGCUAGCUAGCUAAAAACAACUGUGAACUUAUUGUCCCAUUACCGACCGAGCUAGGCUAACAAGCUAGACCAGGAGUUUGGUAACUGACCCUUGGCAAGCUUGUUGGCUCUGACAACUUUAUUUCAUCUUUUUAUUGAAUUAAAUGGUGUACAAUCGUGAACAGCAUAGCAUGGGGGGGAACAGAACAGUACAGAAUCUUAGUGGUUAGCUCACCGGUUCACCAAUUAGUGAUUCAUAUUUUGUAAAGAUGUGCAAAUGAACCUUGCUGUACCCCUUUCUGGUGUGACCAGGCAUGUAUUGGCAGAUGCACCUUAUCACCCACA